AUGGGUGAACCUGACGACAAAAUGGAACCAGAUGCGGAGUCAGAACCAGAUGCGGAGUCGGAUGAGAUGGAGACGAUGGGACUGAUGGAGGAGACCGAGGGAAGCGAGAUGGCGGGGUUGAAGUCUGCAGCUUCUGAGUUGUCGAUGAAGUCGGCGUUGUCGGGGAGGUCUUCGGUGAAGUCCUCGGUGAAGUUUUCGGCAAAGCCUGUUGGGGUAAGCAAGUCUGUUGCAGGGAACAAGUCUGGUGGAUCGAACAAGUCUGGUGGAUCGAACAAGUCUGGUGGAGCGACCCCUGGUCUGAGUCGUCACUAUUGGAUGAGUAAUCGAGCGUUUGAGGUGCCGUUUGUGUUCCGUUACCGUUGUGGUGAAGUGCACGCGUGUGUGCAGCAGAGUUUUUCGUUUGAGGAGUUUGCUGCGAGUAGUAGGAGUGAGGCUCGUUUCCAAGUAGUGGAUGGUUUGACGGGUGAGAGGUUGCCUUUGGUUCCGCGUAGUGAGCCUGUACGGUUGCGUCCGGAUGAUUCAGUUCGAUUUAAGCAGUUGGGUCUAAGUCGUGUGUAUUUUGAGUAUCCAUUAAAAGUACUAUUGAAUGAGAGUGUGUUGUAUGUAUCAUAUCUACGUACAGGACGUACUAUAAUUACUAAGUCGUGGGGUCAGACAUGCGAAAAUAAUGCUAAAUUCCUUACUGAGAAAUUAAAAUAUUGGACUAAACUCCACGGCCAUGACCUACCACGACCUCCCUAUCGACUUCGUAUUUUGGCAGGUGAAGUUACACCUCCUAGCCCGGAUUUCCCACAACCAGGAUCAGAGCUCUUCAGGUUCUGGGCCAAUCAAUCUGCUAACGCCAUCUUCCUUCAACCAACUGGUACCAAACCAAAUGCUCUACAAUGCAAUGAACUUCUGCUACGCGAAAUACUAUCACCUGAAACCCUUACUAGAGUUAACGGAAUUACACACGAUUUCAUCCAAAGAAAAUUCGUUCUGACAAUGUUAUUUCAUCAUAUUAAAACACUUAAGGAAAGAUCCAAAGAACAGCCCAACACCCACCCAACCCAAUCAACAAGCAUGAUCCUGCAUGCGAUAGCUAAUCAAACCACUAGCUAG